AAGGCACCAGCUUUAUACUGUACCAUGCUUGAAGUCCACGAUAUUGCUGGCAAUGUCAAAUUUGCCAGAAGAUUUGUUCUGUUUGAUAAUGUGUCUAAAAUUGAGAUUAACAACUCAAAGCCCUUGGAAGUCUCGUCGGCAUCGAAAAUCACUGGCUACAAAUGGCAGGUGAAUCAUGGACAGAUUUGUCUAAACUGGAAAGAUAGGUAUUAUAACUCCUACUACAUAAACAACAAUCUCUUGGCACCCAUCAAGCCUGACACUGACAAUGAGAUUACUGGUGUUUAUGACCAACAAACUGGAAAGCUUCCUGUGAAUGGAACUGAAAGUAUGCAUGGUUUAACCGGUUUCAUAUAUUCCUAUUCAUUCAACCAUGCUUCAUUCACUACAGAGAAAUUUGUGCCUGACUUUAAAAAACAAUCAAUAUGCCUGAAUCUGAGUUUAUCAGAUGGUGAUACAUAUGAGUUUUUGGUAACUGCAGAAGAUGUUAUGGAGAACCGAAUAGAAGAAAAUGUAACAGUACACAUAGACCAUACAGUUCCCGAUAUAAACAACAUGUGGUUGGUUAGGAAUAAGAACCGAGAGUUGUACGUCCAUAACAGUAGAGACUUAUCAGACAUGGUGUUGGAAUUUGAUGCAAGUGACCCACACAGUGGAAUCUAUUCAGUGGAAUGGUUUCUGGGAACACAGCUCAACACAUCUGAUAUUGGGAAAGGAUAUUUGCCUGUUAUUAAACUUUCAGCCAAUAAAACGUGUCAAGUAGACCAGCAUUGUUACUGUCCAUCUGUUGGUUCCUGUGCAUAUUAUAACUAUACAGUAAAACUGAACCAUCUGGUGAAUAACAACAAAAACAUGGGUACACACGACAGGGAAUACUACUUCACGUUAAUGGUGACAAAUGCGGCCAUGUUGAAUUCUGUAUACCAUCUGGAUAUCCUGGUAGAUGCAUCACCGCCUGUUUCCGGAGUCGUACUGGAGGGACCACCAGCUGGGCCAGAUAUUGACUACACCAGUGAAGACCAUGUAUACAUCAACAUGCAUGGCUUCAUUGAUCACGAAAGUGGAAUCAGACUGUAUCAUGUUGCCCUAGCAGGACGAUGUUUAACACUUGAAGAACUGAGAAAUGCUGGAAAUGCUAGCAUAGCAAUAGUUUACAAGACAGUCAAUCCAAUAAUAAACGUUUCAUUUCCAAACAGUGGACUUUUCUACUCUUCUGCUGUUGCCUUCAAUAAUGCGAUGGAGCCAUCAACUGUCGUCUGUUCAGAUGGUAUUACAAAGGACACCACGCCUCCAAUGAUGACAAAUAUAAUAUUGAAAAAUGGACAAAUCCAUAGUGGAUUAUGGUGUAAAAACGCCAAAGCUUGGUAUGUUGACAAGAAUAUGACCUUAAUAGCGUUACAGCAAACACGAGCAUGCCAAAAGAAAUGCAAACAUCAUAAAAGCUUGGGCUACGUGGGUGCUUUUCCUCUUCAACAUAAAGCUAUCAAUGACAAUGACACGUCAGAGGCCAUCUGCUCUAGCUCACCUAUACUGAGUAAUGAAUCUGUCAUAUAUCUUCCAUCAGACAACCUAUACUUGAAAUGGAAACCUAAUGAAUCUGAGAGCCAAAUUAGAGAUUAUCUUAUUGGUAUUGGUGAUGACAAAUCACAGAUAGAUGUACCGUUAGUGAGAUCUUAUGAAUCAACACAUGGAAAGGAUUUUUUUCAUGUUACACAUUCUGGUUUGACAAGCACAUCUAUAUUUUACAUUUUCAUGAAAGUUAUCAAUAAAGCCGGUUUAUCAUCGGUCGUUGUGCUCGGACCUGUCAUGAUAGAUGAAACACCACCACAGAUAACAGAAACACUGCAGCCCAGAAUAACCAACAACAAAGUCUUGAUCACAUGGACUAAUAACAGUAUCAAAGACACCGAGGAAGCUGGCAAUCAAUUUACUGUACUUUACAGAAUUGGUGUUGGAAGUGAAUAUGUGACACCAAUCCUUCAGACACCAGAACAGGUGUUGCUGAGAUGUCAAAUGGAUGGCUUUGCAGGGUGUAUUCAAUAUUCUUUAACUGCACUACAAAAAUAUGAUUCUAAGAAAAGUCUUCCCUUUUUCUUUGAACUGUAUAUCUACAAUACAGCUGGUCACUUCACACUGGUAAAAACAGACACCUUUAAGCUUCCAUCCAGAUUUCCACCUGGGAAUGCCACCGUCUUUGAUAUAAAUCCUCUGCAUCAAGAGAUACAGGCAGAUGUUGAUUUUCAUAAUGCUUCACAGCAAGUAUGUGUGCACUGGUCUGGUUUUUACCACCACCACAAUGUUACUUUCUAUGUGGGCAUAGGACAGCAACAAAAUUAUGAUGAUGUGCUUACUUUUGUCAAGGUACAACAGAACCCAGUGUGUGUCAAUUCCAGUGCAUUAAAAGCAAACACGAAGUACUUCACGUCUGUCAAAGCAGAGUGUUCUGGAGGAACCACAGUAUCAUCGUCUGAUGGAUUUAUUAUAAUAGAUGACAGAAAUGCAGAAUAUACAGUUGAUGUUUACGAUGGAAAUGGGUGCUUGAAUAAAAGCAAGCUGCCCACAAGACAUCUUUAUCGCCUGAUUAAGGACAACAAAUUAUAUGGAUUUGGAAUGAAACAUCUUGUGGUUGGAAUAGGACACACAUUGUUUGUAACAAAUACACAGCUCACUCUUGCUAAGGCCACUGUUUUCUCACACAAUGCAAUAAUUGUAAGCAAUGAUCUCGCUAGGGGCCAGUCCAUAUCGUUUAUACCAACAGUAACUGAUCCAGAACUGCUGUUACAUCAUCCUAUUACCACCUCGGUUGUCAGUCAGAUGUACGCAUCAGAAGUCAAGAGAGAAUUUUCUACAGAAAAACUGGAUUCAUUUUCCCGGUGCAGCAAUGGCUUUGUUGUAGAUGAUGAUCCACCAGAACCGGGAAAUGUCAUCAUCAUUGGACAAGACAAUGGUUUUAUAACUGAACGAACUACACUUACUAUAGCAUGGAACAGUUUUACAGAUGUUGAGAAAUAUGUCAACAUUCCAUCUGGAUUUGGAAUUGCUGGAUACUCGUUUGCACUUGGAACUAUUCCAACUUCUGAGGACAUACUUCCAUUCCGAAAUGUUGGAAUAACAACUACUGGUCACUUAUGGAAUCUGACGCUAAUCAACGGUCAAGUCUACUAUGCUACAGUCAAAGCGUUUGACCACCUGGGACACACAUCAACAGCUGUAUCUGAUGGAGUUGUAGUAGAUACCACGCCACCUUUACCUGGUACUGUCAAUAUAGAGGGACUUCUAUUCCAUCAGCAUGUUCUGCCACGGCGAGAGUUUAGAAUUCAGUGGCAUGGUUUUGAAGAUCCAGAAAGUGGGCUGUCUACAGUGACAAACAAAGCAGGAUUAUCAACGGUACUACAUACUAUUCCCUUUAUGGUUGACACAUCUCCACCCGACAUUGGUGUUGUUAGAGAUGGUCAUGAAAAUGAAAAGAAGGAUAUUGACUAUCAGAGGAAUACGACCAUUUAUCACUGUCAUUGGUCAGGAUUCAAGGACGCUCACUCAGAUGUUGGCAGCUACAAAGUAGGACUUGGAUCUACUCAACAUCAAGCUGAUGUAGAAUCAUUAGUUUCGGUUGGGCUUCGUACAAAUUUCACGUGGAUCAGGCCAUUUAUUCCGGGGAAAAAGUACUUUGUCAUAAUUGAAGCAUGCAAUACAGCAGGGCUUUGUACCGUGGCGUCAUCGAAUGGACUCACCAUGGAUAAUACACCUCCUUCAAUUGGACGUGUCUUUGCAGGGCACAAAGAGAUACAUCAAAAGUAUAUUGGCCACAUAUUGAUUUGUUUCAGGUCAUCUUUAUUUGGACAUUGGCAAGGAUUUGAAGAUCCAGAAACAGACAUAACAAAAUUUGAAUGGUGUCUUGGUUAUGAAGCAUACAAAUGCAACAUAACAUAUUUCGAAAACACACAGCUGGCAGAUUCCUUCAUAAAGUCUGGUCUACAUUUGCCACUUUCUGUUCCACUCUACCUCACAGUGAGAGCAACAAACAAUGUUGAAUUGCAAUCAAUGUCCACUUCUGAUGCCUUCAUCAUCGAUAACACUGUACCUCAAGUUAGAAAACGUCCUCAUUUCAUUGCAAGAGAUUCGUAUUCAAGACAAAACGUUUCUAUCCAGACUGAUAAUUCAUUGAUAUAUGUGGCAUGGAAGUUUAAAGACCAGGAAAGUCCCAUUGUCAGGCAUAUCCUGACACUGAAAACACACCACGAAAGCAAUGUUUCCCUAGAAAGAAAAGAGAUAGGUGCUGAGACAUCACAAAUACUAACAUUUAACAAAUAUAACAGACUCAGAAAUGGUGAUGUUUAUUAUUUGUCAGUAACCGCCUGUAACCAAGCUGGUUUAUGUGCAACAGCCCACAGCGAUGGUUUGUUGAUAGAUUCAACUCCACCGCAGCUUGGUGGCUUCAUGAUUCCAUUGACAUGGGAACAUGUGCAAAAUGGCACUAUAACACAGACAAGGGUCAACUUAACAUGGUACGGUUUUUCAGAUGCAGAAUCACUGAUCACUGGAUAUCAUUUAACGAUAAGCAGAUCUUACGACGGCUUUGAACUUUCAGAUGGAAUAAAGAGCUUGAUUCCUACACGUAAUUCGGAUGAGCAGUCAGUGUCUCUUUUGCUUUCUGAUGAACUGCACAAUGGUGAACAUAUUAUUUUGUCUAUCCGUGCAGAAAAUGGUGUUGGUCUAAUAACCAAAUUUAGUAAAUUAACUGUUACUGUUGUUUUGUCAAAUCCAGGAGGACAUGCAGGUCAUUUGCAAGUACAGCGACAUUCCUGUGAUGUUCAUUAUUGUACUAAUGAUUGUACGUGCGCUAUUGUGGGCAAAACCUGUGAGGUACCUAAGCAAACUAAAACAUGUGAAAUUGUUCAAAGGCAAACAAACGUCAACAAAUAUCGAGAAAUCAAGAUCACUACCAAUGAAAACGUUGGUCAAAAUAAUCAUUACACUCCAACUACUUCUUGUUUAUCAGCCAAGUGGAGUCUUGAUCAGCCGAGUUUCAUGCAAAACAUCACACGAUUUGAGUGGAGUAUGGGAUUAAGAGGUCAUGAUGUAGGUGUUGGUAUAUUUGAUCCGAUGACUGAAAGAGUAUGGCACAGCUCAGGAAGACAACAUAAUAUCACAUACUGCUUACCAUAUGGUAAAUCACUUCAGAAUAAACAAGAAUAUGUUGUCUAUGUUAGAGUCUGGUAUUCUUUCACAGAAUACAAACUGUUUGAAUCACCGCCUAUUGUAAUUGACUCAACAGCACCACACAUAAGGCGAGGUAAAAUGGUGAAGGAUUCUGACAAAGCCUGUACAACUGACUUUGAUGUUGUUACCAGAAGUAUCCCUAUGACAGCAUGUUGGGGUGGCGUGUUUAAUGACUCUCAAAGUGGAAUUGAUUCAUACUUCAUUCAACUAGGCUCUGCUCCAUAUGGUUCUGAUGUAAUGAAACCAUUUUGUGUUGGAAGAACAACAAAUUAUACAGUUUCUCAAAACCUGCUUAAAGCUGGAACUAAAUACUAUGUGACUGUAAAAGCUAUCAAUAAAGCAGGCCUCUAUUCAGUGGCAUUUUCUGAUGGGUUUGUCAUAGACGAUGAACCCCCACUAACUGGUGUGGUCUUCAAUACAGCAGAACAUGUAAACCAAGCAGCACAAUCAUCACUUUCCUCAUUUGGGGUAUCCUGGCGUGGCUUCCAAGACCACCAUUCGGCUAUAGUCAACUACAAAGUGGCAGUCUAUAACACUACAGAUGUUCUCUCAAAACUGUUCCAGGUCAACACUGGUUUUAAGAACAGCAUAGUUCUCAGUAACGUAUCCUUUGUUCAAGGAAACCGAUACCAAGCAUCUGUCACAGCUGUUGAUUCUGCAGGACAUGUCAGUAAAACAGUAAUGUCACCUCCCAUCCUGAUUGAUUCUAGUCCACCUAUUGGAUUCGAGUGUUCAAACUUUUCAGACAUCACACUGAAUAUAACAUGGCAUGACAAUAUCACUUCCAACCAAACUUUACAAACAAAGAAACUAAAGGGUUCAAUUGAUGUACAACAAAAUGCCUAUUUCAAGAUUCGUGUAACCAAACCACUUCAAAAUGAACAUUUUUUCUCUGAAAUGAACAUAUUCGUUAAAAUUGGUCAUACGUUUAUUCCAUCUAAAUUGUUAUUAACUGACAACGCAACACGAAUUCAAGCAUACCAUUACUUCAUUGCACCAAACACUGGAAGUCUAGAUAUUGAAAUACUGACCAAAGAAAUCAACUUUCUGUCGCAAAUUGAUGUCUCUGUUUUCUCAUGCAAUGAACUGAAGCUAGCUGCCGAUUCCAAAGCAUUGAUGGUCGAGCAAAUAAUGCCAUCCCUUGUGUCUGUCUGUGCCAGAGUCUUGGAUCCAGAAUCUGAUCUUCUGCGAAUAAAGAUUGGUGCUGGAACAACAAAAGGGGGAUUUCAAAUAAGACCUCUCAAGCCAACAUUUCUUCAUUUCCAUGAAUUAUUGGAAACUGAUGUUUCCCAUGGCACACCAGUCUUUGUUACAGUCACAGCUGAAAAUUCUGCUGGAUUAAGGUCUGUUUUCCAAUCAGACCCCUUAAUCAUUGAUCAUACACCACCUUCAUUUAGUAAGGCUGCAGUAUCCCUGGUUUAUUCCUCUCAAGGGAAUCACAACAUAACUGUGACUGCUGAUGUAACAUGGACCGUACGUGACGGGGAGAGUGGUGUCAAGUCUUGCUGGUGUGCUUUAGGACAUGAGCCUUUAUCUGAAAACGUACAUUCAUGGACAUUGGCCACUCAGUUUACAAGCUGCAGCCUGGAGGUCGUCAAUGCUUACCACCAUCAAGAGAUUUAUGCCAGUGUGAAGUGUUUUAAUCAGAUUGAGCUCCAUUCAUCCACAUUGGUGGGUCCUCGUAUUGUACUGCUGCAACCGCCAUCAUCACGAGAAGGAAAUGUUAUGUUCAUAGUCUCAAAUAAACCUACCAGUACAUCGGGUCUUCCAGUACAGUUUGAUACAAAGCACUUACAACUAGCUUGGUUCAGCCUUGGCGACAACCAGAACACACAGACCUUCCUUUACCGCAUCACAGCUGGAGGGGUACCAGUAACGGAGUGGGAAAAUACAAGCAGAAAUUAUGCUGAAGUUGAUGUGGAUCUUCAUGAUGGGAAGACGUACACCGCAGAGGUCACUGCUGUGGAUGUUAGACAGCAGACAAGUAACAUUAUUUCCGGUUCUCUUAUUGUUGACAGUCGUCCUCCUAUUAUCACAGGUUCAGAUAUUUACGCAGAAUGGCAAGAAAACCGCGUCUAUUUGGAGUGGAGAAGCGUUUUCUACCACCCACGAUCUACAAUGUUUUUUAACAUCGCGAUUGGUUCCAGACGUGGUUACACAGAUUUGCUUUAUGAAAGAGACACACCCGUAACAAAUAUCAUGGUUGAUGUGGCCAGCACUGUUACAUCAGUGGAUGUUGUCAUCAAGGCAACUGCAGACAACGGGGAAUUUGUCAUAUAUACCGCCUUUAAAUCAAGAAAAUAGACAAUGUAGUUAAUUGUAAAGCCUGUAGCAAAUGUUACUUUUAUAAUGUAUAUAUAUUUUUCUAUUUGCUACAUAACAUAGCAUUCGUUUUGUAAAAGUGUGUCGUCAGACUAUUGUAUCAUCAUAUAAAUGUUUCACUGAUGUUUGACUGUACAAUAACAAGCAGAUUGAGCAGAUUUUGUGUUCUGUAAAUCGUAUGUAAUUUAACAAGGGUUUGAUGUUAAUACAAAAAUACCCUUGCAUGUGAAUCAAAAUAUUAAAGGGACAGACCCUAGUUUUUUUUAAAAACUCUACAGCAUAUUUUUCACUAUUAGAGUCACUUAUGAUCACUGAAAUCAAACAUUACUUAUUAUUUAUUGUUUAGAUUAUCCAUUUCCGUAGAACCGAAGUGUUUAUGGUCAUCCUGUUGUUUCUAAUAUCACAAAAUGCGUUUUUCAUAUUUCUAAAAACAUGCGUGCGUCGAGAAGUAGCGGUUAUUGAUUCGAGUUCUAGUCUUUUUUAAAGGAUAUUUUCCGGUUUUAACACAGACUCUUGUUUUACUCUGUUAUAACUUUAUCCAAGUGUGUUACAAGUUUGUAGAUUAACUAAACUUAGUGUCCAUUUUACGACUUGAAACUAGGGUCUGCGCCUUUAAAUACCAGUACCAUUAAAGAAAAGCGUUAUUACUAAGCUUAAUAUUUAAUCAGUUUCAUUUUAAUGUGUGUCAUAAUAUUCCCUUUAGAUUUUAUUUAACCUGACUAGCUGCAAAUGCUUAAAUAAAAUUGAAAGUGAA